UAUUACAGGGAUUUGUUAGUAUUGUCGAAGCAUAGGGGCAAACCGUUUGAUAUAAUAAAAAGAAAAUUAAGUGAUAGCAUUAAGGAUCCUGUUAUAAAUAAUACGAAUAAAUUAAGGACCUUCCCAUCGAUUCUAAAAUUUAGUCUGGGUGGCCUAGGUGGUAUAGCAGCAGCAUGUCUGAUCAAGUCACAUGCUUCUGCUGUACAAGGGAAAUCAUUAAAAAUCCCAGAAAAUAUUAAAAUAGACGACAAGGAACUGCCUUUUAAAUGGAACAAAUUUUUCGAAUAUUUAUACCCAUACGUCUGGCAAUUGUUAAUUGCCUUAGCUAGUGCAAUGGUGGUGGCGUUAUUAAAUAUUUGGAUACCGCAAAAUGUAGGAAACGUGAUAAACGUGUUGACGAGAAUUUGUCAAACCAACGAGGACGAUACUAUGAAAAAUAUUUUAUCUCAACUAAUAACACCCGUGUUCACACUGGCACGUAUGUACGUAGCACAAGCAUUUUUCACGUUUGUAUAUAUCUACAUGCUUUCCCACGUGGGUGAGGAAUUGGCAAUGAAUUUAAGACGAGAUUUAUUCAAAUCAAUAAUAAUGCAAGACAUUACGUUUUUUGAUAAGAAUCGCAGUGGCGAAAUAGUCAGUCGAUUAACCACAGAUGUUCAAGAGUUCAAGAGUACUUUUAAGACUUGCAUAUCUCAAGGAUUGAGGAGUACCACGCAAAUCAUUGGAUGCAUCAUUUCUGUUAUUGGAAUAUCUCCGCAAUUGACGGCGGCUACGAUUCUAUUUUUACCUAGCGUAAUUCUUAUUGGUACAAUAAUCGGUAGGAGUUUGAGGAAACUGUCUUUAGAGAUGCAGAAUCAGCUUGCCAAGUCGACGGCUGUUUGCGAAGAGGCAAUACAGAAUAUCAGGACGGUGAAAGCGUUUGCGGCUGAGGAAAAGGAGAUAGAAAUGUUUUCUGAACAAGUUACGUUGGGGUCGGAAUUGUACGACAGAUUAGGUUUCGGAAUAGGCUUGUUCCAGGGUGGAACGAAUUUAUUUUUAAAUAGUAUACUACUCUGUACUUUGUACUUCGGUGGACAUUUACUGUCCACCGGACAAUUGUCUCCCGGUGAAUUAAUGGCAUUUUUAAUGGCCACUCAGACUAUACAGAAAUCUUUAUCUCAAUUAUCGUUAUUAUUCGGAUCGUACGUCCGAGGAAUCAGCGCUGGCGCUAGGGUGUUCGAGGUACGUAUUUUUUUUCUUAUUAACACUAUCAUUAUUGAAUAUCGUCAGGUGAUCGAAGUUGCUAAAGAAGCAAAUGCUCACGAUUUCGUGACGAAAUUUCCAAAUAAAUACGACACGCAAGUAGGAGAACGGGGGACGCAGCUCUCCGGAGGACAGAAGCAACGCAUCGCGAUUGCGAGAGCUCUAUUAAAAAGACCGUCGAUUUUAAUUUUAGACGAAGCUACGAGCGCUUUAGAUUAUGAGAGCGAGAGGAUCGUGCAAAAGGCGUUAGAUAACGUAUGCCGAGGAAGAACAGUUUUAGUAAUUGCUCAUCGAUUGAGCACGAUUAAAAAUGCCGAUCUCAUCGUUGUGUUACAGAGAGGAGUAAUAGCGGAGAUGGGCAGUCAUACAGAAUUGAUUAAGAAGAAAGGUUUAUAUUACACUCUGGUGAAUGAACAGGACAACGAAAAUACGUAAUGAUUAAUGAACGUAUUUAAAUAGUACAAUUUCUGUAACAAAUAUUUAUUAAAUUGGUUUAGGAAUGUUUAGCGGACUACCUCAGAUUUUACUACGUAAAUAUAAUUAUAUUUUCGAGUA